AUGUAUCAGAUCUGCUUCCUGUACAUUGCUGCCUACCUUUGCAGCGGCACCCUGGCCUCCUGCCCUAGGAGAUGUACUUGUGACUCCCCAGCGGUAACUGAGUGUUUCCGGGUGUCACAUUUACCCAGGGACAUCCCUGCCACAACCAGAAAACUAUAUAUCAGACACAGCAAAAUUAGGCAGCUCCAGAUUUCCGACUUCAGUAGAACCCUAGGCUUGCAAGAAGUGUCACUUUUUUCUAGUGGAACAGAUACUGUUGAAAACAAUACAUUCAAAGCGCUGAGUAACUUAAAGGUCCUGGAAAUCUGGAAAAAUAAAUUGACAAAUAUCCCUGGAUUGCUGCCACCAAAUCUAGAAGUCUUAAAGCUGGGAGAUAAUUCCAUUGGUUUUAUUCAACGCCAUGAUUUUGAAGGUUUAAUGAAACUGAAGGUGCUUGAGAUGCAGAAUAAUAUACUAAGCAUGUUAUCAUUCAAUGUAUUUUCUGCACUUUUACAUUUGCAAAGACUGGUCUUGGAUAAUAAUGGGAUACAGACUAUAUCUGGCCAAGCCAGACUCCCCUACCUGCGAUAUCUCAGUAUGGAAAGCAACAACCUACAAUAUCUCCCUGACAACUUUUUCACACAUUUUACAAGCUUACAAUACUUGGGACUGUCAGGAAACCAGCUUCUAAAGAUUCCACAUCACCUGCCCAAGGCUCUCCAGCGCGUACAGCUGAAGAGAAAUAAGAUAAAAUACAUAAAGGUCAAGGACGUCAAACAUUUGGAGAAUCUUUCUGAGCUUAAUCUCUCCGAGAAUCAUCUUUCUUCUGUAGAUGGCAUGCAGUUUCUCAGUAACCUAUCCUCUGUUGAUUUAUCCAGAAACCAACUUGUCUCUCUUCCUUCUAAACUUCCAACCAAGCUACAGAGGCUGGACUGCAGCAAUAAUCAGAUUUCUAGGGUGACAACUCAUGACUUCAAGGGCCUUCAAAACCUCAAGCAUUUGUUCCUGGAUAACAAUGUUGUGAGCCAAUUUGAUGAUAGGGCACUGCAUUGGUGCGUUCAAUUAUCCAGCCUGGCAGCGGAGCAAAAUCAAUUAACUUCUGUCCCUUUUGGGCUCCCAGUAAGCUUAACAAGGUUGGAUCUUAAAGGAAACACAAUAGAAGAUAUAAGUGAAGUUAGUUUCAAAAACCUAAAAAAGCUCCAAGUUCUGAAUCUCCGAAACAAUAAGAUCACUACACUGGACCAUCAAGUCUUGGAAUGUCUAACACGACUCCGGCAUCUAUAUCUUGAUGGCAAUCCUUGGAAUUGCACCUGUAAGCUGUUAACGGUCAAAAGAAUCUUGAUCGAUAAAGGAACUGAUAUAAAAGGUGGGCAGUGCGCAGAGCCUAGCUCUAUCCGUGGAGAAAGUUGGAUGUCCUCUGACAAGACUUUAAGACACUGUGAAAGUAUGUAUAGUUUCGACAAAGGAAAAGAAAGCAGGAAAAAGCUAAAAGCAGAUGAACUGUCAAAUGUGGAGACACAAACAGAGGAGGAUAAUGAUGAUGAUUACGAUUAUGACAUGGAAUACUAA